UGAACCUGUAAAUUUACAUAUAGCUAAUCGAGUUGGUUAAUGGAUUUCGGACAGCUACAGCUAGCGAAAUAUAAUUUCUAAACGGGUACAGCCGCUAUUAUGAAUAUUAAUGUUCCUGCUUAAUUACAUUGAAUCUAUCUUUUGUUUGGAUGAGUUUGUUUGUUGAAUUUUCUGGAUGAAUCAGUAAUUGUCCGUGUCACUUCCUUAUUAUUUUACUUUCAGCUUAUUAAUGUUGUCUACGGGUUUGUUCUCCAUAGCAAUUGCAAACGCUAUGUACAGUACAGUGGGUAGAUUUUUGUUCUCUUUUCAUCAUCUCCCAUUGUUUGAGAAUAUCGAUAUAUGGUUACAAGGAAAAUUAUGUCCUCAAAAAUUGGAAACUUAAAUAUAGCAGAAAUGAUUGUUAUCCAGAUGCAAAAAUUCAAUCACAAGGAAAGAUUUGGAAGCUUAAUGAGAGAUGAUAGGAAAUUCUUAAACUGAUUGCGCUACAUAUUUGUUUGAAUUAUGGCUGUGUUUUGAUUCCUGAGAUACUUUGAGAUUUCCUUUUUUUCUUCUGUUGGGUUUUCAUGUUUGUACUUGGCACUUUAGAAAUAUCUACCUGUUUAGCAUUAGGUGAUGGCGUUUUUUGAUUAUUGCUAAACUUCCCAUUUUCUGAUUAUUGCUAAACUUCAUAGCAAGAAUCCAAUAAUUUAAAAAAGCACAAAGCAAAAAAGUUGAAUCCAACAAUGCCUUAAUGUUUAUUUGCUUUAAGAUGUUGACUUUCUAUGGUUUUCUAUGCGUUUUAUUAUUAGGUUAUCAGUUUUAUUAGAAAUGGAUGUUCAACAUUGAUAUUCAAAUUCUUUGUGCUCCAUAUGCUUCUUAAACCUCAUGAUUCUGCAUGAAAUCUGAUUUUAUAAAUUAAUAAUUCUGUUUAUUUAUUUAUUUUUGAUUUUUGUGAUUACAGGAUUCUAAAACUAAAAGCAGCUUAUGUAUAGAUGGAGCUUUUGUUGCUAUGCCAGUGACUUUUAGUUUCUAAAGCUUCUAAUGGAAAAGAUCAAAUGUUGUCAGUGUACAAUCUUCCCUCAACAUCAUCCCUCAACCAGUAAUUUACUAGCAGGAUGAUGCUCUCCUGUUUAACUUUUUCAACAUCCAAAACAAUCUCUCAGUUCUGUCGUCGAUUAUCAAAAUUUAGAAUCAUUUCUCACAUGGGCUUCUCUCACUUCACCAAACAAAGAUUGAGAAAUGAUCAUAAAAGUGCAGCAGUUACCAAUUCAUUGACCCCAGGUACAAAUAUGGAGAAAAGCAUUUAUGCAAUUCUCACUGUAGAGCGUUGGGAAUCACUGAACCACAUGGAAUAUAAACUAGCUGCACUGAGGCCGGUCCAUGGGAGGUUGGCAUUAAAAUUCCUCAACUGGGUCAUUAGGCAACCUGGAUUGGAACUUGGUCACCUCAUCCAUAUCUUCUCCAUCACUGCUCAUAUACUUGUUAGAGCUAGAAUGCAUAAUCAUGCCAAAUCAAUUUUAAAACAUCUGUCACAAAUAGAUAUUGAUUCAAGGUCUGUUUUUAGUGCCCUAAUGAGCACAUACCAAUUUUGCAAGUCAAAUCCUGCCAUAUUUGAUCUUUUGAUUAGGAGUUAUUUGAGAGAAGGAAUGGUCAGUGAUGCUUUGAAGAGCUUUUAUUUGAUGGGUUUUCGAGGGUUUAACCCUUCUGUUUAUACUUGUAAUAAGAUGUUGGGUGCAAUGGUGAAGGAGCAGAGAGUUGGAAUGGUUUGGCUGGUUUUUAAGGAAAUGCUUGCCAGGAGGAUUUGUCCUAAUGUUGCUACUUUUAAUAUAUUGAUCAACAUUUUGUGUGUGGAAGGAAAGAUUAAGAAAGCUGAUUAUCUUUUAAGAAAGAUGAGAGAGAGUGGUUAUAUGCCAAAUGUAGUUACAUAUAAUACUGUUCUCAAUUGGUAUUGCAAGAAGAGACAAUAUAAGACAGCUUUUGAGUUGAUUAAACAAAUGGAGUCUGUGGGAAUUGAAGCAGAUGUAUGCACAUACAAUAUGCUUAUUGAUGAUUUGUGUAGAAACAACAGGAGUGCAAAAGGUUAUUUACUUUUGAAAAAGAUGAGGAAGAAAAUGAUAUCUCCUAAUGAAGUCACCUAUAAUACUUUAAUCAAUGGAUUUGUGAAGGAGAGAAAGAUGGAAGUUGCCACUCGGGUUUUUGAUGAGAUGUAUAUGCUUAACAUUUUGCCAAACAAGGUAACUUACAAUGCUUUGAUUGAUGGUCAUUGCUAUGAGGGUAACUUUGAAAAAGCCUUCAGGCUUUUGGAUAUGAUGGAAGCAAGAGGACUAAGGCCAAAUGAAGUCAGUUAUUGUGCUCUCUUAAACGGAUUGUGCAGGCAUGCCAAAUUUGAAUUAGCCAGAAGUCUUCUUGAGAGAAUGAGGAUGGAUGGCAUGAUUAUUGGUUGUAUAGCAUACACAACAAUUAUAGAUGGCUUAUGCAAAAAUGGAUUACUUAAUGAAUCUGUACAGUUGCUUGAUAAGAUGCUCAAAGAUGGUGCAAGUCCCGAUGCUAUCACAUUUUCUGUGCUCAUAAAUGGAUUUUGUAGAGUAGGGAAGUUUAAAAAUGUGAAGGAAUUAAUAUGUAAAAUGUAUAAAGCUGGAUUUUCCCCGAACAAUAUCAUAUAUGCUACUUUAAUAUACAAUUAUUGCAAACUGGGGAAUGUUAUGGAAGCCUUUAAGGUCUAUGCAGCUAUGGCUCGCAAUGGCUAUGAUGCCAGCUAUUUUGUAUGUAAUGUGUUAGUAUCAUCUCUUUGCAAAGAUGGAAAGGUUGGAGAGGCAGAGGAUUUCUUGCAUCAUUUGCAUAGGAUUGACAUCAUCCCUCAUUCCAUCACUUUUGAUUGUAUUAUCAAUGGCUAUGGAAAUUUGGGCAAUGGGUUAAAAGCAUUCUCUAUGUUUGAUGAGAUGAUCCAAUUAGGUCAUCAUCCAAGUCAUUUUACAUAUGGUGGUUUGCUUAAAGGACUAUGCAAGGGUGGAAAUUUGGAGGAGGCAAAGAAAUUGUUGGAUAAACUCCACUACAUUCCUUAUGCUGUUAGUACUGCUACCUAUAAUACAAUUCUUGCAGGGGCAUGUAAAUGGGGGAGAUUGUCAGAUGCUGUGGCCCUUUUUGAUGAAAUGGUCCAAUGUAAUGUGCUGCCUGAUAGUUAUACAUAUGCUAUUAUUCUUGCUGGAUUAAGUAGAAGGGGAAAGCUGGUUGCUGCUCUUCUUUUUCUUGGGGAACUGCUAGCAAAAGGAACUCUCUCUCCAGAUAAGGUCAUCUAUACCAGUUUGGUUGACGGUCUUUUCAAGGUUGGUCAAUCAAAGGCUGCAAUGUAUGUUUAUGAAGAGAUGGAGAACAAUGGGCUAAAUCCUGAUACUGUUGCAAUAAAUGCCAUUAUAGAUGGAUACUCAAGGAUGGGAAAAGUGGCAAAGGGAGGUGAUCUCUUUACAAUGAUGUGGAAUGGCAGUAUGGCAUCCCCUAGUUUGGCAACAUAUAAUAUUCUCUUACAUGGUCAUGCGAAGAAAAAGGAUUUGCCAAAUUGCUUUAAUUUAUACAAGCUCAUGAUGAGGAUGGGUAUUUUGCCCAACAAGUUGACUUACCAUUCUCUAAUUCUUGGACUUUGUGAGUGUUUUAUGUUGGAGAUUGGUCUUAAAAUGUUGAAAAAGAUGAUAAUAGAGGGUAUUGUAGUUGAUCAGUGUACAUUUAACAUCCUUAUCAUGAAGUGUUGUGAAACUGGUGAAAUGGGAAAAGCUUUUGAUCUGUUGAAUAUUAUGAACUUAUCUGGAGUUUUUCCUGAUGUAAAUACCCUCAAUUCCAUCCUUAAUGGACUCAACAGAAUUUCUGCUGUCCAAGAAUCCCAUCUUGUAUUGCGUGAAAUGUUGGAGAGCGGUUCUAUUCCUCAGUGCACACAAUAUAUUACUUUAAUUAAUAAUAUGUGUAGAAUGGGAGAUAUACAGGGAGCAUUCAAGCUAAAAGAUGAAAUGGAAGCAUUUGGUGUGAGUUCCCCAAGUGUUGCUGAGAGUGCUAUGGCAAGAGCGCUUGCCAAGUGUGGGAAGGUUGAAGAAGCAAAGCUGGUUCUUGAUUUCAUGCUUCAGAAGAGCCUCAUUCCAACUCGUGCUACUUUUACUACUUUAAUGCACAUGUAUUGUGUUAAUAAUAAUCUUUUGGAGGCCUUAAAGUUGAGGAAUACAAUGGAGAUUUGGGGUGUGAAACUUGAUGUUGUUGCAUACAAUGUCCUGAUAUCAGGGCUCUGUGCUGAUGGUGAUGUUGCAUCUGGAUUUAAACUGUACGAAGAGAUGAAGGAAAGAGGUUUCUUGCCCAAUAUGACAACCUAUCACGUUCUCAUUGAUUCCAUUUUCAAAGAUGGUAGUAUUAUUCUUAAGGGUGAAAUACUUUUAAAGGAUUUGCAAGCUAGGGGAGCGAUAUCUAAUCAUUGGAAUGGAGGCAUCAGACAGGGGUUGAUAAUUGCCUUGAACAAGUUGAAAUCCUGGAGGCAAAACAGAAGUAGAUGAUGCCAAAAUCUAGCAAGGUAGCAAAUUAAGAGAGGUGGGAAUACAAAAUGUGAAACACUCUAUGAAGGGCAGAGGAGGGGAAGAUGGACUUCCAUUAUGUAGCAGUUGUUAUUCGUGAUUUGGUAAAAUUCCUGUUUCCUGCUUAGCUAUCUGGGAAUGGAGUUGCCUCUUAAAAUGUUGAAAUAGCUUUACAUUGAGUUUCUUGACAUUUGGAGCAGAGGCAUUGCAGAGAAAACAGCUCCAAUGUUCUAAGGAUUUUGCAGGUGAUAUCCACAUCAAUAUUUGCAAUUUACUGAAAAUGCUUUCAUGUUCUCUCUCGGUUGGUGGGAGGUGAUUUCAAUAUUUUCAUUUUAAAAUGCUCUAGCUUAUAUUUGUUAAUGAGCCAUCUCAUACGGGCUAUAGUUAAACCUUCAACUUUCUAUACUAGUCCGUUCAUUAGUUUUAGUUGUUUCAGUUGAAAUGAAAUUAAGAGGCAUGCUAAUGUGCUAAGUAUUUUGUGUGUCAUUAUAUUUGUAUUGAACGACAAGCCAUUGUGUUCAUUGCAUUUCCAAUUAAGGAUUAUAACAGCUGUUAUUUUUUACCAAUCAGUCUAACCAGUUGGCUAGGAUGACUGGUUAAUUAAUUAGACUGAUUGGUGAAAAAUAAUUUUUGACCAGAUAUAAGGUGAGGGCCAAGGUAGAAAGCUAUUGUGUUGUGGGAAAUGCAAGAUACUGCUCGAUGAACUGAAGCUUUAAGAUGAAGAAUGGUGGUCUUGUCAUUUUGAAUGUUCUCAUAUUCCAAUAUCUUGCCAAUAUGUAGACUAAUCUGGUUUCCAGUGUUAGUCUUCGCUGCAUCUGUAUGGGAGGGUCAUCUUGCACACCCAACAUUAAUUAGACUGCGAUUUUUGGAUGAGCUCUAUUUUUGUGGCCCCCAAUCAUGUAUUGGUGAUAUAUUGGCUGUAAAAUAACCAAACCAUGAGUGUAAACCAUACUUAAAAAAGUCCCACUUUUUCAUUUACUUAUUUUUCUAACGUCCCCAGGAUCUUUCUUAUUUAAUAUUUCAUCCUGCAUCAUGGUUUCAGGAGAAGUCCAUCUUCAUGUAGAUGGCAUCCCAAUGAAGGUGUAGGAAGCAACUCUUUCCUUAUUAGGAGACACAAGAUGCCACAGCGUGAGCCAAAUCAAAAGUUGUCUUUCUAUAUUCUCUUCCAUGUGUACCACAUCUAGAGUCAUAGAUUGAGAAUCAUAAAAUUUGUUGAUAAUAAAUCAUGUGUUUUACUCUGACAAAAUAUAAUGCAUUGCUGUUAGUGUGCAGAGGCUGGGAUUGUAUGUAUGCAUUGCUGUUGGUGUUCUACUCUGACGAAUUAUGUGUGUGUAUAUAUAUAUAUACAUAUAUAUGUAUGUAUACACAAACUUAAAAUGAUUAUAUAUUGGUGAAGAGGCUUGGAUUAAGAGAACCAACGAAAAAUUAGCAGAAAUUAAAUAGCUUAUUGAGUUGGCUUGGCUCCUUAAUUAUUCUGUCAUUCAGGACCAGCUAUGUUUUGUUCAAUCAAAUGGCUCCUCUUCUUUUUGCAUUUAUUUUGUCAUUUCUUAUAGUCCAUUGUUGUAGUUUUUAAUUAAUAAUGUGAUUGCUUAGUUAUUAAUAUAAGCAUCUUUGCAUGCCCUUGAUCAUCUUUUGAUCCAAAGUCACAUCAAACUCUUCAUAAAUACUGAUUCCAAAUUAAUUUUAAAUAUUUAGAGUCAUGUUUUAACUGUUCUUGCUGCAGAGUCAUUUAUCUCUCUCAUUGCUCAUUUUCUUUUCCCAGAAAGACUUCUCUCUCUAGAAUCAUGUCGAUAUGUGAUCCUCUUAUAUGUAAUUCUGUGUCAGUUUAGUUGGGGCAGAAGUUCUUUCUUCUUUUCAAAGUUUUGAUUUUUGUUAAUUUAUUGCUUGUUUUGGUCUUUGUGGCUUCAAUUUUUCUAAUUUAUCUGGGUUAGAUUUUGGAGCUUAGUAUUGUGUUGAUGGUUUCACAUAAUGGGUCUUUUGUCAGUUUCUAAUUGUAUUGGUUUGUUCUUCGGGUAGCCUUUUUUCUUUGUGGACUUGAUUUGAUAAAUUAUUUACUUGUAAUUUUGGUGUUGCUCCUGCCCCCCCCCCCCCCCCCCCGCCUCACCCUUAAAAUUUCUCUUUGAGAUGCUUUUGUUCUUUUGAAACAACUCGCUGAAUUUAUUGGAAGUUAGGUUUCUUUAUUUUGCUGGGUUGUGAUUACUAGACUCUGUUAUUUAUGCGAAAUCAAUUUUUUAUUUUCUUAAAUAGAGCUUCGUUUUUGAGAAGGCUAAAGGUUUUCCUUAUGGAACAUUUAAAAACUAAGAUGCCUAUUUAUGGGAAAAUGUCAUAUAGGAUAACAGUAACGUAAAUAAUGGAAGAAAAUGUUUGCACACUUGGUAAAAUUGAAAAUGAUAAAUUUUUUACCUUCUUGUGGGAAAUUAGAGUGCCUAUUACUGUAUUGGGAAACGUUCCAUCCAUUGAUAUCUGAACUUUUAUUUGCUGUCAAUUGUAAUAUGAAGUUGAUGAUCUCCUUGGAGAUCAUGCUUACAAGCAUUGGCACUACUGUGCCAUCUAAGUCUAUGAACAGGUCCAAUGGUUCCUAUGUGUUGAGGGAUUGCUUAUGCUUAUGGCAAGGUACUAAGAAGUAACAAAUACAAUAGCUAAAGCUCUUGGUCCUCCAUGUUUAGUGGUUUCUAGAUUAAUUGAGAUGGUAGAUUAUUCAUGUGGUGGAACACUAGAUUUGUUAUUUUUUUAUAUCUUUAGGUGGUUGCACUGAUGAUUUCUUCUUUUCCUGAGGCUUAUUGUCACAGAGACAGUUUAAUGGUUCAUAUUUUUAAAUGGUCCAUGGUAUUAUUGGUUAAUUGGAACUAGAGAGAACAUGCUAUGUUAUAUAUUAUUGCUGAUUGCCUUGUACAGUUUUGGGUUUCUUGAUGAGCUCUUUUAUUGUCCUUCUGAAACAAUAUACAGGUUGGCCAUUGCGAAAAUUUGGCGAUGUCAAUGAUCCUGCUUCAGCUGAGGGAUUUACUGUGAUUUUUAACAAGGCUAGGGAUGAAAAGUAGACGGGAGGCAAACCUGAGUCACCUGAAAAGGUUGACCCUCUUCUUAAGCCUGGAGUGGAUCCUGGAAAGCCUCAGGUUACAAAUUCUUUGAUAUUCAUGAAUCUUCACACAAGUGGUCUUUAUCUUUGACAACUGACGUGAAACAUAGGUGCAUGUGAACAUUCACUAAAAAAUAUGACCAGUGCAUUAAUUCUGCAAUAAUUGGAGUCAGCUUGCUAUUAGUGCAUCAACUUUUAAUUGUAGUGAUUCCAACUCUUUGGAUGCAAAAUAAGUCAUCUUUGCAUCAAACUUUUAUCGGAAAUGUACAUCCUUAUGGUGAAAGUGAUCCUGAUGGCUGGAAAUGACCUUUUAAAUAAAAAUACUAUGUGAAAAUCUCCCAGAAAGUCAUGGGUGCUGUAGACACAUAUUUCAUUGGUUUCAGAAAAGGUAGUUUCGCUGCAUCCAGAGCCCGACCACAGAAUCUUGACGUGCCCUUCCCACGCAAGAGCUUGAACGGUGGAGUGAUUUCACCUGCUAAUGACCCCAUUUUAUAUUUAGUAGAGAAGACAAGCUGUAGAGCGGUAAUGUUAUGUUAUGUUGUAAGACGCAGUUACGAGGAAAAAGGCAAAUACACAAUAUUGUAAUCAUCAAAGAUGAAAUCAUAUAUUUUGUGAUCACUACUUUUUCUUAUGGGAGGAGCUGUCUAGCUUUUGACUUUA